GUGCCAGGCAGUGAGGGGGUGUGUGUGUGACGCGGUGACUGUAUAGUGCCUUUCCAGUGUCAACGUCACGCCAGUGACAUUUGGUGACCAGAGGGCAUCACGUGCAGGUUCAGCGGCUCAUGUGACCCCCCCCCUAUCCGAGGCUCCUGUCUUCCUUGCAUUUAAACCCCCAAACUCGAGGCCUGAUUGCGUGGGGUCUUGUCUCCCGAGUUUUGGGGUCCAUCUAGAAUUUUGGUUUUCAUUUUUAUCAAGACGUAAUAAUGAGGGUUGCUGGCUCACGGCGUGUUUAGUCGGCCUGAUGCUGAAGCCGUCGCAGCCUUUCAUGUCGCCCUGUUUGUUUUUAACUGUCGCCGUCGUCAGGGCACAGUGAAGGGGCAAACUCCGCAGAAACGGGCAAAAUGCGCAAUCAGAAAACCAACAAGAGGGUUCAACGGCACAACCUGCCACAGGUGAGAGGCCGCUGUGCGAAGGUGAAAUCACACACGCAGCAGCAGAGGAAGGAGCAGCGAAUUAAAUCAGAAACCUGGGGGGCUGGGAGCCCCAACCCCAUUCUGCGACACCACCGCCAAGUCACUUUGUGGCGCUGUGACUCCCCUGUUCCACCCGCAGGUGGCGCCCCUGUCCAGCUUACGGCAGCCCACCCGCCUGAUGAUUCCGAGCUUAAAAGCAGAGCCCCCUGGUGACCACUAACUAGAAAUUAGAGAUCAGAAAACGGGACGCCAACGGGAGGCUCGGCCUGCGCGACUCCUCCGUCCACUGGGCGUCGCUGCUCCACCUCUCCUCUGCGCCACCAGGGAGGCCACGCCCACCGUGCUCGUCUCGCGAUAUCCCAGUUGACACGUCACGCGCGUUUACCGCCGGCUGAAGAGGCAAGCGGCUGAGUUUGGCGUUGUCGUUACCCUGGUAACCAUGGCGCUCGUGGAGGCGGCGAGCGUGCAGCUUUCGGAGCUCAGCGACCAUCAGCUGGCCGAACUUGUGCGGAGCGUCAGCCAGUCCAAUGCGGCCCUCCAGACCGAGACGGAGAUGUUCCAGAAGUUUGUGUCUCGCCUGGACCCCAAGGAGUUCAGCCAGGUGACCGUGUCAAAGACGACCACCAGCGGGAUAGCGCAGCACGAGCUGGGACAGGUCAGCAGGCAGGAGCGCUUGGUACUGCUGACCAUGGAGCAGAAGUGUCUCGUGGCCCAGCGGGAGGAAGAGGAGUUGCGGAAAGCCCUGGAACAACUACGGAAGGAGUCCGAGCGAGUCGUCAACACCUACAAGGCUGCCAUCGAGGAGGCCGACUAUCGCCAGGGAGAGGUGAAGAAGGCCUUGUGCGAGUUCCAGCGAGACUUCGGGAAGCGAGGGCACGAGAAGAAAAGGAGAAUACUGGGGACCGAGAAAGUAACUCGCUACAUCGAGGAGAAGAGCAAAGCCAAGGACAAGAUUGUGGAGAAGCUGCGGCUGGAGAACACGGCACUCAAAGUGAAAAUGCGGAAGCUGCAGAUGCAACUCAAACAGAAGGAGGAGAUGGACGAAGCCCUCCAUGAGGUGGACUUCCAGCUCCUGAAGAUCGAGAACAGCCAAUACCUGCAGAAGAUCGACGAGUCCAAGCAGGAGCUCCUGAGGCUCAAGCUGAUGGACAGAAACAAGCUGCAGAUCUUGGACACCUACAAGAAAAAACUUCAGAACCUGACGUCCGAAUCCAAACGGCUGACGGGUGAGCUGGCAGCCAAGAAGGACCUGCUGGUGCGAGUCGAGGCUGAGAUCGUGCAGGCGGAGAAGGAAUGUGCCAAGGCAGAGGCUCAGAACAAGAGGCUGAAGACACAGCUGUCCGACUACCGGGGUCCGCGGGCACUGGACUACGUGGCCAUCAAGGCCCGGCACAGCGAGCUGCAGCGCGACGUCCACGUCUGGGAGCGCAAGGUGGACAUUGCCCAGAUGGACCUGAAACGAAACACGAAGGCCUACACUCAGCUGACGAGGGCGAGCCAGCCGGCCCCAGGCCCGUAGUGGACCGGGGCACUGCCAGGGCACAAACUUCCAAAAAGCUAAUAAAGUGUUGUGAAUCAAG